GACUGGGGGCUGAGGGCCGUACCGGGGGGUCGUUGUAGUCGUACACGUAACCGUCGUCGCCAUCGUCGCUGUCGUCUUUGACUAGACCUAGCCGUCGUCGUACUACAGCAACUUAACCACCAAACAGCUAUAGUAUGGACCUACGGCUAUGUAACUGACACCAUGACCUGGCGAGCAUAAAGGAAAGGCACCUAGUCACGGCACCCCCAUCGGCCUGCGGUGCCACGGCAGCCAUACAUGUAUGCCGCCAAAAGCCAAUCGGAAGCAGCUGUUUCCGGACUUUUCAUUUACAUAUACGAAGUAUACUCCGGCAUAUAUAAGUGUCUGGGUAACAUCAAACUUUCUCGUAUUCUCAUCCAUCUUCCACCUACAUACAACAACCAGCCAGCCAACCUAUACACCAGUUUCCAUCAUCAUCAUCAGUACUACCUAGCCCAAAAUGUCUUCUUUUUCCUCCUCCUACGACCGCAUCGACGUCCACUCGCACUUCCUCCCGCCCUUCUACCGCGACGAGCUCGCCCAAAACGGCCACUCCAACCCCGACGGCAUGCCCGCCAUCCCCGAAUGGGACCUCCCAACGCACCUCGCCCUAAUGGCCCGCCUACACAUCACGAAAUCCAUCCUCAGCAUCAGCAGCCCCGGCACCUACCUCACGGCCAGCACCCCCCCAGCAGCCGCGGCAGACCUAACCCGGCGCACCAACGCGUACGCCGCAUUGCUAAAACAGCAAGAGCCGGCACGGCUGGGGUUCUGGGCGUCGCUGCCUCUGCCCGCGGUCCCGGAGACGCUCGCAGAGAUCGACUCCGCGCUGGCCGACGGCGCCGACGGCUUCGUCCUGCUGUCGAGCGCGCACGGGCAGUACGCGGGCGACGGGGCGCUGGAUGCCGUGUUUGCGCGGCUGGACGCGCGCGGGGCGACGCUGUUUAUCCACCCCACGACGCCGUGCGGAGAAGACGGGGGCAGUGCGGCGCCGCUGGCCAGCCGCGGGUACCCGAACCCCAUGUUCGAGUUUAUGUUCGAGACAGGGCGGGCCGUGGCGCAGCUGUUCCUCAGCGGAGCCGUGGCGCGCUUUCCGCGGCUGCAGUUCGUGAUUCCGCAUGCGGGGGGCGCGGUGCCGGGGAUUUUGAACCGCGUGGUGGGGUUCGCGGGGGUGGUGCCGGGGCCUGGGAAGGGGUUGGAGGUGCAAGACGUGCGGGAGGCGAUGCGGACAAGGUUUUGGUUCGAUUUGGCGGGCAUUGUGUGGAGUGAUGAGGGGCAGGGGAAGGGGAAGGGUGAGGGUGGGGUUGGAAUCGAGGGCGAUGUCCCGAAUAAUCAGCUCCAGGGCCUGCUGAGUGGGUGCGGCGUUGGGCCCGAUCGCCUGCUGUAUGGCAGCGACUACCCGUUUACGCCUGAGGCGAGCGUGGUGAGGCUGGCGGAGGUGAUGGAGGUAGGGCUGGAAGCCAUGUUUUCGAAGAAGGAGGUUGGCCGGAUCUUGAGUGGGAAUGCGGAGGCGUUUUUGAAGGAGAUUGGGGAGGCGAGGAAGGAGGUGCUGGGAGAUGGGGUUGCGGAUGGGGUGUGAGUGGUUUUGUUGGAGGAUGGUGGGGGAGGGCGGAUAGGGCGAUGUGAGUGUCGUUGAGCGAGGGGCAUGCUUGACCUCAGUGAUUCUAAGACUUCCGAAGGCGUUGUUUUCGUUUUAUGAGUGAGAUAUUUCCCACGCCAUGCUCGCGGUCUAUUCUCUACGGACAUGUCUUUUCGUGUCCCGACACAUUGUCUAAAUUUUCAACAUUUUUCUACUCCUUGACCUCACCUUGGGUGGAGUCUGCUAUAUCUACCAGAAAUCCUUUCGUCUGGACUAUCUUCCUUGGUGCUCAAAGGGGG